AUGACAAUGAAUAGUGAAGGCCGAUAUCAGAUGGCCAACGGAUAUCAUUCAUGGCUUAGUAUUUUUCAAAUGUUCGAUACAAAUUAUGAUGGUUAUAUUGCAACGCAUGAUCUGAGACGAUUUGUUCGUAAUUCAGCAGCUUCGUUUGGAUUAUCAAGGGAGGAAGCGGAUGCUUUAUUGAGAAAUAUUGAUAGGAAUGGUGAUCAUCUACUCGAUUUUGCUGAAUUCUGUACCCUGAUGAGCAGGGCUAAGAAGUUACGCAUGCGACAUGUAUUAUUUCGAGCGGCGCAAAUGGUGGUGCCACGAAGCAGUCGAACAGUACCAUUUAAUUAUUUGCAACAAUAUAACUGCUUUCCUCCACCAUUUUUCAUGAUUUGCAUAUCUAUCUUAGAGAUAGCAAUAUAUGUUUACUAUGUUGCACAAUUGAGGAGUGGAAUUGAAUUGUAUGGACCAGUGCCGCAAAAAUCUCUUCUCAUAUUCAAUCCUCAUAGAACUAAUGAAGUGUGGCGAUAUUUCACUUAUAUGUUUAUUCAUAUUGGGAUAACACAUUUAAUUUUUAAUGUAUUAACACAAAUCAUUCUUGGUAUUCCACUUGAGUUAGUUCAUAAAUUUUGGCGAAUUGCUUUGGUAUAUCUAUCUGGUGUUCUGGCUGGUUCUUUGCUAGAUUACGCUAUUGAUCCGCGGACAUAUUUGGCCGGAGCCUCUGGAGGUGUGUAUGCUUUGCUUGCAGCACAUAUAGCCGAAUUACUCAUUAACUGGUCCGAGAUGGAAUUUGCAUUUUCCCGAGCUCUUGCUUUAGCCAUCCUGAUCGCAAGUGACGUAUCCGUGGUCAUCUAUCAUCGCUACUAUCUUAACGCUACAGAUAAAGUAUCUCAGGUAUCGCAUCUUGCUGGCUUCGUGGCUGGCGUCUUAAUGGGUACUGUCGUGUUGCGUAAUUUUCGGAAAAAAAAUUGGGAGCGUGUGAUAUGGUGGAUUGCUUUUGCAAUAACAUGCCUUUCAUUCUCGACACUUAUCAUACUCAAUGUCAUGCAACAUAUCUGA